AUGCAAAGCCGGGACUCGCUAAGGUCGCUGAUGGGUGUCCUCACCGACGCAGAACAGCGAGACAGGGAGAGGGAUCGUCAGUUGGUCGUGGAGACGGAUACCGAUCUGAACACUGUCUCACGGCCACCGCUUUUCAAAUCUGCGACGCUUCCUCUGAAGACCUCUAAAGCGAACAAAAGCGAAGAAGAUACUGAGGAUUUCGUGUGGAGCGGCUCUCCUGAUCCAACCCACUGCCGCACUCUCAGAUCCUUUUCACAUCACCUGCUCCCAGCCCCGACGGAUGCCCCAACCUCAGUGGUACCGGUUGCUGCUUCGACCGUUGCGCGGUCCGAUUUCUCGAUGUCCGACUACUCUGCCCAGCUUGCACAUGCGCGAAGCUCCCCGGGCUUGGCCGAUGGAGGUCGGUCGACAGGGCCACGUUUGAAAAAGAGUGGCGAUUUUCGAACAAUUCACAGCAAACGGCAGUCUUCACCUAUGGCCCCGUUUCUCCCACUUGGCCCGCCAUCGCAGUACGGAUACACAGGGUACGCGUCGUCCUCCAGAGGCUAUCUGGAUGAUACCUUCACGGAUGGGGAGGGCUCGCCGUUUACACCCACGAGAUCGAAUGAAGGAGAAGAUUCUCCGUUCAUGAAUGAGCAGUCGACGCGGUCCGGUUAUGACGACGAACGCACGUAUCUCCUUCGGACGAACAGAUAUCGACGGAGACCGCUCACCGACGAGCGUGGAGGCUCAGAGGCUGAUUGCGCACGAACACAAGCCCGCUCCGCCCUCUUCCUCCUCCUGACCAUCGCCAUAAUCCUGCUGGGAUCCUUUACGCUGUUUGUGGUUUGCAUCCAGCCGUUGUCACAAGUGUCUAUCGUUGGUGUCGGCAAUAUUCAUGCCGAAUACAGUAUCUACGAGUUCGACAUUGUGUUGGGCGCUGCCAACGCAAAUAUCCUUCCUGUUUACCUUCGAAACGUGGACAUGGAUGUGUUUGUGGGAAGUGAUAUUCUUGGUGUGGAAGGCGUAGGACUCGCGGAUACUGUACCAUCCCAAGAAGACUCGCCCGCACCGCCUCCGGAUCCCACUAAAUCGCCUCCAAAAGAGCUCCUUUCGCACGUCCACCAUUUGACAACCACUAUCAGCUUUCCAGCGUUCACCCCGUCCACCCCGACUACACCGGUUGGACAUAUAUCCAUUCGCGAGCCGGAGAAUACUAUGGGGAAAAUGAUAUAUAUGGAAUUCCCCUACACACUGACCAUUCGCGGGAAAAUACGGUACCGAACACUAUGGUGGAGCGAGCAUUCCGUUCCCGUUACGUGCGUCGUCCCGGUGCCCAAGACCAUGGAAGAACCGUCCUCGACUGGCUUUUUGGAAUGUCGUUGA